AUGAGAUUAACUCACUCAGCAACGCGAGAAGGGGCUGUGUCUCCAAAUAAAUGCAUUGACGUUAAGAUCUGCACCGACGACCAAAAGAGAAGGAUAUCUGGGAACAAAAACAAGUUGUGUCAUUCAACAGUUCGUCAAGAAAAUGAAAUUUUGGCCAAUGAAGAAGAGAACAUCUCAACUCCUUUUACAGAUUCAGGUCCAUCUGAAAGAAACAUUGCUAUUCCUGAGAACAAUGUAUCUGCAAUGGAAAGAACAAAAUCCAAAAAGAAAAAGAUGCCUCUGCACCAUGUAAUGAUGGACUGGGUGUUAGGAGUGAUCACAGCAAGAAGAGAGAGAAAAGUGGUUAAUACCAAUAAGCAAGGCCGACGUUUUUCACCUCAAAAUCUUGAACCUCGGACUCGCUCCCAGACUAGGUCCCACCCCAGGAAGUAGGAGAAACUAUUAAUAGUUAGAACACUUAAAUUGCUAGCUCAAGUGU